UAAGUUGGUCCUGAAGGCACAACUUUGUAACGAGAAACACUUCAUUGUUGUAAUUUACAUUUCUACUAUCACCCUUACAGGGAAAUGGGGUCGCCUUCUUCGUUGAGAGGGGGAUACGGCAAGUACCCGAAUCCCGUUACCCACUAAAGCGGUCACCGCCAUUCGUCUCUUCUCCUCUAAUCUCCGCCGCAAACCCCGCUCUUAUACUUCCCUCGCUCAGAUGAAAGUGCGGUGAGUCCUUUUUGUCCCCUUCUGUCGUCAGUAAAAUCCUGUAGGCUGCUUACUUCCAGAACAUGGGCUCCGAGGGAGGAGGAUCGCUUGUAGUCGUUCCAAGAAAUUUCAGAUUGCUCGAAGAGCUCGAAAGGGGGGAGAAAGGCAUUGGUGAUGGAACUGUCAGCUAUGGAAUGGAUGAUGCUGAUGACAUCUUUAUGCGAUCCUGGACGGGAACAAUCAUUGGCCCUCACAAUACUGUUCAUGAGGGUCGGAUUUACCAGCUGAAGCUGUUUUGUGAUAAAGAUUAUCCCGACCUUCCGCCGACCGCUCGUUUUCAGACCCGGAUUAACAUGACUUGUGUGAACCAGGAAACUGGAGUGGUUGAACCAAGCCUGUUCCCAAUGCUUUUAAAUUGGCGAAGGGAGUACACGAUGGAGGACAUACUAGUGGCUCUGAAGAAAGAGAUGACCUCUCCGCAGAACCGCAAGCUUCACCAACCUCCAGAUGGCAAUGAGGAUCAGAGAGUGGAGCAAAAAGGUUUAGUUUUAAGGUGUGCUAUUCUGUAAGAGUAUCAAACUCGGCUAUGUGUAUGUAUAUUAUAUUAUAUAUAUUCCUCCGGAAUUUAUGCUUAGAAUUAGAUGGGAUUAUUUGCAAACUUCAGUUUAAUCAUCUUACAUUUGGAACUGCACUCUUAAUUUUCUAAUAAUGUAAUAAUUAUUGGGAAUUGAUG